CCCUAUGGUCAGAGUAUCUUUUAUCAGAGCAAGGAUUCCGUCCCCAAGAGCAAUGAAGAGAGGCCCAGUGGGGGCCGAGGCCCGGGCCCUUGCCAUGGAGUCCAUGUUUGAAGAUGACAUCAGCAUCCUGACCCAGGAGGCGCUGGGGCCCAGUGAGGUGUGGCUGGAUGCCCCAGGAGACCCCUCGCUGGGGGGGGACAUGUGCUCGGCCUCCCACUUUGCCCUCAUCACAGCCUAUGGAGACAUUAAAGAGCGGCUGGGAGGCCUGGAGAGGGAGAAUGCCACCCUCCGCCGCCGUCUCAAAGUCUACGAGAUAAAGUACCCGCUGAUCAAUGACUUUGGAGAGGAGCACGGCUUCUCUCUGUAUGAAAUCAAGGAUGGCUCCCUGCUGGAGAUGGAGAAGGUCAGCCUGCAGCAACGGCUCAACCAGUUCCAGCACGAGUUGCAGAAGAAUAAGGAGCAGGAAGAACAGCUUGGGGAGAUGAUCCAGGCUUAUGAGAAACUUUGCGUGGAGAAGAGCGACCUGGAGACAGAGCUGGGGGAGAUGCGGGCCCUGGUGGAGACCCACCUGCGGCAGAUCUGUGGUCUGGAACAGCAGCUGCGGCAGCAGCAAGGCCUCCGGGACGCUGCCUUCUCCAGCCCCAGCCCCCCGCCUGCCCCUGCCCCACCGUGUGCUGAUCUGGACCUGCACUACUUGGCACUGAGAGGGGGAUCUGGCUUGAGUCACGCAGGCUGGCCGGGCCCCACAGCCAGUGUGAGCGAGCUGGAGCGGCGGCGGUUGGAAGAGGCUCUGGAGGCUGCCCAGGGCGAGGCCCGGGGGGCUCAGCUUCGGGAGGAACAGCUCCAGGCUGAGUGCGAGCGGCUGCAGGGGGAACUGAAGCAGCUGCAGGAGAGCCGGGCCCAGGAUCUCGCCUCCAACCAGUCAGAGCGGGACAUGGCGUGGGUGAAGAGAGUCGGGGAUGACCAGGUGAAUUUGGCGCUGGCUUACACGGAGCUGACGGAGGAGCUGGGCCGGCUUCGGGAGCUGAGUUCCCUGCAGGGGAGGAUCUUAAGGACUCUGCUGCAGGAGCAGGCCCGGAGUGGUGGCCAGAGGCACUCGCCGCUGUCGCAGCGCCACUCCCCGGCCCCCCAGUGCCCUCCGUCCCCGCCCGCCCGAGCGGCGCCCCCUUGCCCCUCGUGCCAGUCCCCCCGGCGCGCCUUCGACGGCAUCCGGCUGCGCUUCGAGAAGCAGCCGUCGGAGGAGGAGGAGUGGGCCGUGCCCACCAGCCCGCCUAGCCCCGAGGCGGGCACCAUCCGCUGCGCCUCGUUCUGCGCGGGUUUCCCUGUCCCCGAGUCGCCCGCUGCCACCGCCUAUGCCCACGCCGAGCACGCGCAGUCCUGGCCGUCCAUCAACUUGCUGAUGGAGACAGUGGGCUCUGAUAUCCGCAGCUGCCCCCUCUGCCAGCUAGGUUUCCCUGUUGGGUACCCGGAUGAUGCCCUCAUCAAACACAUUGACUCCCACCUGGAGAACAGCAAGAUCUAGGGUGCCUUCCCCACCCACUGGCUGUUUCUCCAUCUUCUCUCAUCACCCCCACUCACUCACUUUGAAUGCUGCAUGAAUCUCGUGGGGGGCCCCUGCCCCUUGCGACCCCCAGAUACCUCCACUAGCUACCAAGUCAACGUGUGUGCCGUCUUCCCUGGUCUAGGCACCACUCAGCCCUGGCUCUUCCUGGAAGGCCAGCGGAGGCUCUCCCCAGCUCCCUGGCUUCUGCUGGGGCUGGGGGGAGGGGGGGAUCUGGGCUGGGAUGGGAGAGGCAUAUCCCACCCAGCCUCUCCCUCUGCCUUUCUGUUCUCAAGACAGGGUUGGAUCCAAGAAGGUGUCUAGUGCUUGGGCCUGGGGGAGGGGGAGGGUAUCAGAGGACUCUGGGAGCUCCCCUAGCCUCUCCCCAGGUGUCCAUCUUUCUCAGGCUGUGCUCUGUCCAGGGAGCACCUCCCUGUGGGGUCCCAGAGCCUGCCUUGCACACUGAUACCAGUUCCUCCAUCCCAUGGCCAGCUCGGGGCUCUUGGCACGGGCCCCCCUUGGGAGAAGGAGGCAUCUUUUUUCCUUGCCAUUCCCUGCAGGCCAGUCUUGUUCUCCUCCUCUGCCUCCCUGGGGAAUAGGGAGGGUGGGAGUGGAGAGGGAGGACCCUGCAGGACUGGGAGGAUUCAGCCUAAAGAGGCCGCCCUGAGGGCAGGGAGUGCAGGGGGACACCCUGCACCAUGACCCCCAGGCCAGGGGAGUAUUUGUGCUAGCCUCCCAGGCCCCUGCGUCCCCCUGGAGCCCCUAGCACCAAGACAUAGGUUGUUAAGACAGAUGCCCCCCUCCACCCUUACCCUACUCGAGUCCCUGACAGCACAGGUGCCCUGGAGCCCGUGUGUGACUCGGCCUCCGUUAGCUGGGUGGGUGCCAUCAGCCCUGCCUCCCAGGCCAGAACCUACGGAUGGGCCCAGGGUGCUGUUGGAGAUCAACUUCAAAAGAGCUAACCCCCUUCCCAUACCCCAGCAACCCACAUUCCCUCUGUGAAAUCUACCUCAGAGUCGUACCCUCAGAAGGAUGGGUAAGCAGGAGGCCAGGGGGUCCCCAGGGCUGAGGUGGGGAGCUUCCUACGGCAAGAGCCUGCUGCCCCACGAUGAAUCCAGCUCUCCCCCGCUCCCCACUGUGAGCCUCUCCCAGGUCUCAGCCCCGGGCUGGUGGCAGUGGGCAUUACCGUCAGUGCAUGUACCAUUCUGAUCCAACUCUUCCAGGCACCCCCCCCACCGCCUCCUCACACCCCCUCCUCCUCAGUGCAGGGGAGUGAAGAGGUGUGUCAGGCAGGAAGGGACCAAGGACUCCAGAGACACAUGGCAUUGUACCUUGAGUGUUCCCCGCACCCUGCCCGGGGAGGGGAAAUGGGGAAGGGGCCUGGAGAGGGAAGUGGGGGCCCCUGAGCUCUCUGAACAAGUUGGAAGUCCAAAUAAAACUUACCUGUCCCACCUGC